GUGCAUCAGCUGUGUGCGUUUGAUAAUUAUGUAGGCUGCUAUGCAUGCCUAUGCUACAUACUGCAUUACUAUUGCAUGUGUACUGGCCUAAAGAGACUAACUUUUUCUGCACCUUGGUCGCCAUUGUUUACAUUCUUAUCACAAGACCUCAAAUUUGUACCUGAUCCAUGUGUCUGUGAUGUUAACUUGUUUAAACUGACAUUUGGCAUAUGCUGUAAUCAAAAGAGUCAAGAGAUGUUCUCGUCAAAGAAGUGCCUGGUCCUAAUUACGUUGGUUUGUGGACUUGGUUUAGUCCUAUCCUGUCAACCUCCGGAUUGUGAUAGACCAGACUGCGGCACUUGUGGAAAUGCAUGCUGCACACUAGAGCUCCUUUUCACUGCUCCCAGUGAAAAGGUGUUCAAUGCCUAUGUUGAUGGACUGAAAGGAGUAAACAACCAGGGUACCGAUGGACUUGAUAAUGAGGACUAA